UGGAGCGUGUAGCUCGACCGCUAAAAAUGGUAACAUGCUGCUGUUGCUGCUAUCUCUACUCCUAUACACGACUAGGCAAUUGAUUCCGAGCAUUUUCCCUCAACAAACGGCCGAUCAGACACGGCAGUGAUCAAGUUAAGCAGCUCAUUUCCACCGUCAACAGAAUCAGUACAAUUUUGAACUUCGCACAGGAUAGAUGUACAGAUGCUUACAACAUUUUGGAGCAGUCAAUGACUGCGAUUCAUUUGUUUCUUUCGUUGGCGAAACGUAUCUUUCAAACGGAAUAAUUUGAAAUGAAAAAUACGUUGACACUUAGCAAAUGGCUUAAAUCACAACAUUAUUGGCACAAAAUGAGAAAUUUUGUUGUUCGUUCAACUGGAAUGACUGUGUUGAUAGUCAAAGAUCGUUGUGAAACAAUCAAUUACUGCGGUAAAAUGAAUUACUGCGACGCCACAAAUAUUCAGCAAUUUAAGCAAUAAAAAAAAAGUUUUUGAUCAAAAAUUCGGCGGAAAAUCAGUUUUUUGACGUUUUUAACCGCGACCAACAAAAACGAAACAAGUGACAACAAACAAUUGAAAAGAAGAAAAAAAAGAAGCAACAAUGGAAUGUCAGUGUUUUAUUUAUUUAUUAAAAUUUUAAAUUCCAAGGAAAAUUCAUUCGAAGUGUUUUUUGUAUGCUGCCAAGCGAAUAGUUUGGACGAAAGUUCUAGUUUGCUGAUUCACUGCAUGAAAUGAAAGACGAGUAAAUUUCAAGUUCUCAUUUUGUGAUGAAAGUUUAAGUAAAUAUCAGCGAGAAUCUUCAGUGUAGAAACAAAGAAAACAAAAGUUUGCUCUCAACGGACUGAGAGCGAAAUCUGCACGAGAGAGAGAGAGAGCAACCCAACAUUUGGCAACAUUCGAUAGGAGAAAGUUGAUUGUUUUCGGUGUUUGCGUGUGCAUGUGUGCGUUUGAUUCUGCUCUUUGUUCAAGCGAGCGCUAUCAGUACAAUAGAGAUGGCGAACCACAGUCACCACCAAAUGAUGAUGAUGAUGCAUUCGACCACAAAUGAAUGGGCAGAGAUGCGGUCGGUCAUCACACAAUCACAGCAAUCACUGAUAGAGCUGGCCACCAAUUCCAUCAACACCGUCCCCGAUUCAUGGUCAAUGGAAUUUAAUGAUACGAAUGCUACGGUCGCCACGACAACAAUCAACACAGAGGAAGUAUCGUACAAAGGUUAUGUUUAUCGACCCGAAACAUAUAUCGUGCCCAUUAUAUUUGGCAUCAUUUUUCUGGCCGGUUUAAUGGGAAACGGGAUGCUGAUCGCCGUCUUCGUCAAACACCGUGCGAUGCGUAAUGUUCCCAACACGCACAUUUUGUCGCUGUCGAUAGCCGAUCUAAUGUUAAUAUUGACGGCCGUUCCCUUCGUGUCCGUCGUCUAUACGGUUGAGAGUUGGCCCUGGGGUACGGGUGUGUGUAUGAUAUCUGAAUUUAUGAAGGAUUUUUCGACAGGUGUAUCAGUAUUCACACUGGUAGCCAUGUCAUGUGACCGAUUUGUAGCAAUUGUGAAUCCACUGCGGCGAUUUCGAGGAACUGGUGUUACUGGCAAACGAACAACGCUUGCUACCGUUAUGAUAGCCGCAUUUAUAUGGAUGUUGGCCAUUCUGUGUGCUGCUCCAGCAUUGAUUGGAUCCAAUGUGAAGCAUGCAUAUGUCAACAAAAAUACAUCAUUUAAAUACUGUUAUCCAUUUCCGGAGGAAUUCGGAGAAGACUACGCCAAGGGUAUUGUCUUGGCCAAAUUUCUGGUUUAUUAUGCAAUCCCAUUAGUGAUUAUUGGACUAUUUUAUAUAAUGAUUGCCAUACAUUUGGCAUAUGGAGCCGGUGUUCCUGGUGAAAUGCAAGGUGCUAUGCGACAGGUGAAGGCACGAAGAAAAGUAGCUAUCACAGUUAUAACAUUCGUGGCAAUAUUCUGCAUUUGCUUCUUUCCACAACAUGCUUUCAUGCUUUGGUUCUAUUUCAAUAAAAAUUCGCACGCAGAAUACAAUGCCUUUUGGCAUGUUUUACGAAUCAUUGGAUUUUGUCUAUCGUUUGGAAAUAGUUGCGCCAAUCCAAUCGCAUUGUAUUUCGUGAGUGCUGCAUUUCGAAAACAUUUUAACAGGUUUUUGCUUUGCAAAGGUCCGCGUAAGCCAUUAAGGAAUCAUAUGUCGUUGACUUCGACAAUAUCGCGUCGCUACCCAUCGAAACGUUACUGUCAACAAAUGAUGCUGGGCAGUUCAAGGCAACUCCAAGAGACAACCAUCACAAUAUUCCCAAAUGGCAACAAUAACUAUGGAAUUGACCUGGAUAAGCCGACAGCUGAAUAAUCGGACCCAAGCCAGCCCCCGCAUACAAUUUGUGGUAUAGUUCAAUAUUUUCCGCCAAAUAAAUCAUGCAAAUAUGCAGACUGUAAACAUUCAUUGUUGUGAAAUAUUUAUACUUUAUACGAUGUGAUCAAGGAAUUUGAAUGCAAAGCUUUUGGAUUGGUUAAAUUUUAGAUAAGUCACAGAGUAUUUUUAUUUUUAUUCUUAUUUUCUCUUUGCACUUGUAGGCUCAAUUAUGUUAAUAUAAAACACAAACACACAGUUCCAUAGGCAAACGAGGCGCAUAAGUAAAAUUGGCAUUAGAGCUCAUUGAGCAUAAAGCAUUUUCUUUCAAAUGAGGGCAAUAGGCCUUUAAGAGACUGGCUGUAAUCCAAGGCUUAUGUAUUAGAAGAUCAAAUAAUAACGUACGCAGUGUACAGAUCAUACAUUGAGAAAACGACCGACAAACACGAAUAAGUGAGCAAUUCCAAUCUUAAGCCGUAAAAUUGACUAAAUUUCGGAUUUAGCUCAUUGCUAAUGUUUAAUCAUAUCAAAUUUUGCACCGGUUGAUUGACCGUAUAAUGAAAUGGCUUCCAUUUGGAAUAAAAAAAAAGAAAGAAAAAAAAGUAUUUGAUUCACAGACACACACCCACACACCCACACACCCACACUCAUACACACAGAAAGAAAAAAAUCAAGACCAAACUCAAUCCGUUCAUUGCGAAAUUCACCCUUUGAGACAGUAUUCGAAGACAAAUCACGAAAAAGGAGUAUAUAAUUUUUAAAUUGAUUCACAAAAUGAGACUUCAAAUGAAGCAUAAAAUGAAACAACAAUAAAAAUGAUUGGGAAUUAUUCCCGGAAGAAGGGUAAAAGAUACGGCUUAUUAAUGUUGUGCAACAUUGGCCGGUGACGUCAAAACAAUGUCCCUAUCAAUUUAACGUAAUCAUCUCAUCAACCUCUUUUUUUCGUUCAUGUUACAUUCUUAAUGUAACCGAUUCUUAUUUGUUCUCAUUUUCUUUAUUUGGUUCUUGUGGAAUCAAAAUGCCGACGGUCAUUUAUAUAACGGUUCGACUGGGCUUAUUUCUUUUGUAUAAAAAAAAACCAUAUAUUCAAAUUCAAACAUGUGGUAUAUUUACCAUAAACGUUAUGUCUAACAUUUGAAAAAAAAAAAAAAUUAUUGCAAAAGAAGUAAGGCAUAAGUUCAUUUACGUAUGUAUAUACAUGUAAUAUCAAUCGAUGAGGAAUUGUGCGUUUAUUAGACAGUUAAUUUCGAUUGAUUUGUCAAGUGGCUAAAUGAAUUGUGUUGAUUACGUGCGAAUUAUAUUAACGUGAUAAAUCGGUCCUUUAAUUAUGUCAACAACUGCUGAUAAAUCAACUGUGAUUGAUCAAGCGUCGAUUGAAUUAUAAACAUUGGAAAUCAGCAGAUUUGAGCAAUUUUUCCUUCAAAUAAUCGUCUGUAACCAUCACAGAGUGAUAGAUUAGCCUAGUUGAACAAUUGACCCAAUAUUUUCUUCGGAACAAUGCAUAUAUUAAAGAAUUCGGACGAAUUCAUAGAUGUAUACGAAAUACAAUUGAUAUUGAAAACCAGCAUUGAAUGGAUUUAUUUCACUUUCACUGCAUAUCAUUUAACGCUCAUGUCCGUCAAUUGGUGUCUAUAUUUGUGUGUGAACCAAUUUAUUAUAAAAGCGCAGUACUUAGUUUCCGUGUAAAACGGGAGUUGAAUGAAAAACGAGCAAAAAUUCGCAAAACUCACGACAAAGGCUUAUGAGAGGGAGAGAGAGAGAGAAAGCCUACAGGCUGUGUGCUGUGGCAUAGAUGACUUAAACAAUUUUCGGUUCUUUUUCAUAUAUACCAUUCACACCAGAGAAAUAAACAAGAUUAGAAAGCACAAUUUUCAUGGCGUAAAGAAACUUUGUUUUUUAGGUUUUUUUCCAUUGUUUAUUUAUAGUCAUUUCAAGUGUGUAAGUUUGAGAAAAUUUGUGGAAAACCAUCAACAUAAAAGACGGACUUUAUCCAACACUGGGAUCUUAUCUUCCAACUCCAAUGGGAUUGUUCAUUUUCAUAAAUCAUACUCGUAAACGUUAGGGCAUUAAAUUUAUUUUGCAUGUCAAAAACAUGCACGCGAAGCUCUCUUUGAGGUAAUGAAUUUUCUCCAAUAAUUACUUUCGGAAACGCAAUCAUAAAAAUAGAAUAAGACUCUGAUUUAAUUAGGGUAAAAGAAAGUUGAGGUGAUUGUGGUUUGUAAUUUCCCUUUUUGUAAAUUUAAUGUAAAUAAUUUUUCCCAAAUUUAAAUUAUGAUCCUUUGUUUCAUAGCGAACACCAUUUUGUUGAUUUAAUAGGAUGUGCUCCCAUAAAAUACACUUGCCCAGAGUGAUUAUUGAUUUGGAAUGAGCAUAGUGAUAAUUAGUUCGUAGCCUAAUUUCUAUUGUCGACUAUUAGUAAAUGUGAUUUAAUAAAAAAAAA